CAACCAAAAAUCCUCUCCCAAAAAGAGAAAACGAUAUUUUCUUGCACACCAAACAAACAGAUUUCUAAGGAAAAUUCUUCAGACGAACAACGAAGAAAGAUGGCUUCUUCGACAGCCAAGAUAACGUUCCGAAUAGCAAUGGUGGUUCUUGUUCUCCUCCUCUUCUUCUACGUCGGCCGUCCUCUCUACUGGAAGAUCUCGGCCACCGUCCACGACAUUCGCCAGAACAAACAGACCGUCAAGGAAGGUUUAUCGCAGAUCGUAAUGGAAGCGCAGCGAACGGUGGGUUGGUACCACGACGAGUCGGACUCGGGAGCCCGAGAGGGCCGGUUCGGGAAGAAUCUCCGGUCGGCCACGAGUCGAAAGUUGCAGGUUUUGCUAGGGUUUUGAAUUCGCAUUAUUACUAUUUUGUGUAAUUUAACCUAAAAAUUUUAUUAAUACUGCUGUUUAGUUUUUUGAUGUGAUUAUGUUCAGAUCUGGUUAGAAUAAAUGGAGCUCUUUAAUGAGAGUGUAAAAAAGAAAAAUUUUUAAUUACUUGGUUUAGUUUUAGUUUA